AUGGUGCGAAUCAUCAUCAAAGGAGGUGUCUGGAAGAACACUGAGGAUGAGGUGCUCAAGGCCGCCAUCGCAAAGUAUGGCAAGAACCAAUGGGCCCGUAUAUCCUCUCUUCUUGUGCGCAAGACCCCAAAGCAGUGCAAGGCACGGUGGUACGAGUGGUUGGAUCCAUCCAUUAAGAAAACAGAAUGGUCCAAGACAGAAGACGAAAAGCUUCUCCAUCUAGCAAAGCUUAUGCCUACCCAGUGGCGAACUAUUGCACCCAUCGUCGGUCGAACUGCUACUCAAUGCCUGGAGAGGUAUCAAAAGCUGCUUGACGAGGCAGAGGCUAAGGAAAACGAAGACCUAGGUUUGGCAGGUCCCUCCGGCGACGCUGGGCCUGGAGUCGACGACAUUAGAAGGCUUCGUCCUGGAGAAAUCGACCCGGACCCUGAAACUAAACCUGCCAGGCCUGAUCCCAUCGACAUGGACGAAGAUGAGAAGGAAAUGUUGUCCGAGGCUCGGGCUAGGUUGGCAAAUACCCAGGGCAAAAAGGCUAAGCGAAAGGCUCGCGAGCGCCAGCUCGAAGAAGCUCGCAGAUUGGCUGUAUUGCAAAAGAAAAGAGAGCUCAAGGCAGCUGGAAUUAUCAUGCGUCACAAAACCAAGAAAAAGGGCAUGGAUUACAAUGCAGAUAUACCUUUCGAGAAAAAGGCCGCUCCCGGUUUUUAUGAUACCUCGGAGGAGCAAGCCCGCGUUGCAGCCGCGCCUGUCGGUCAGACCUUGCGCAGGCUCGAAAACAAGCGUAAACCAGAGGAGGAGGAGGCUGAGCGCAAGAAACGUCAGCGCAAGAAUGCGGCUGGAAAAGAGGGAUCCGAGGGCGCUAAUCAUCAAACCAAAUUCAUUGCUGCCCGUGACGCCCAGAUCCAGAAAUUGAAAGAGGCAGAGUCUAUCGGCAGGAGGAGAAAACUCGCCUUACCUGCUGCCCAAGUUGGGGAAGCAGAAUUGGAGGAUAUCGUCAAGAUCGGUCAAGCUGGCGAAAAUGCAAAAGCCUUGGUGGGCGGUGGUAGCGAUGCCAGCGGACGGUUGCUCAGUGACUACGAAGGCCUUGAAGCUGCUCGAAUGGCUAGGACACCAAGAACAGCACCUCAACAGGACAAUGUGAUGAUGGAAGCCCGUAAUCUACGAAACAUGACAAUUGCCCAGACGCCUUUACUAGGCGAUGAAAAUACCCCAAUCCAUGUCGGUCCACAAGGAGGAUCAGGAUUUGAAGGUGCCACUCCUCGCCACCAGGUGGCGUUCACUCCUAAUCCUCUGGCGACUCCUAUACGCGAAGGCGGUUCUGAUGUCUCUGCUACGCCUCGGGCUGGUGGUGUGUCUGCAACUCCUCUGCGCACACCAUUGCGGGAUAGUCUAUCCAUCAACCCAGAAGAUUUCUCGGGCGUAGGAGAAACGCCGCGCGAGCAACGCCUGCGCAAUAACUACGCGCGUAAUGCGCUCAAAGCCGGGUUCAUGAAUUUGCCUAAACCUGAAAACAACUUUGAGCUACUUGUGCCGGAUGACGAGGAUGUCGACACUGCGGAGACAAAGGAAGUUUUGAGUGUGGAGGACGCUGCGGAUAGGGAUGCUGCUAUCAAGAAGAGACAGGAGGAAGAAGAGAGGAAGGCUCUGGCUAGACGAUCAAAAGCUGUGCAAUUAGGUUUACCGAGGCCCAGUAAUGUGGAUCUCCCGCAACUUCUGAAGAGCCUCAGCUUGGAAGAGGUGGAUCCGGAGCUUUCUGAGGCACAAAAACUCAUCGACAAGGAACUGGCUGAACUUUUGCAGCACGAUUCUCUUGCGUAUCCUCUACCCGGGACCACAAAGGCAGCUGGCAUGUCGCAGUCGACAUAUGUUCCUCCGGAUGAUGAUGCUCUUGAAGCUGCAAAAGCUGCUAUUCAUCUUGAACUUGCUACGAUGACUGGUUUCCCCAAUGCCACCCCGGAGCAGCUUAAGGAAGGGCUGUUGAAAUUGUCUAAAGCUGAGGCGAGCUCGCUACCGGAUGAUAUGUCUUGGGCGUUUAUCAAGAGCCAGCUAGUGUACAAUCCGUCUACUAAAUCAUGGGUCGAGCGGUCGUCGCUUAGCACAGAACAGUGCAUAGAGGGAUAUGCGACGCUACUCGAGGACAAUCGCGGUGUAAUGGCCAAGGAAGCGAGUAAGGCUGCGAAGGUUGAGAAAAAGCUUGGAGUGACCCUUGGAGGGUACCAGGCGAGGGCCGCGACGUUAGUGAAACGGAUUACUACAGCUUUCGAGGAGAUUCAAAAUAAGCAAGUGGAAAUGGAGAGUUUUGUGCGGCUAAGGGCGAAUGAGAACAUCGCAGGCCCCAGAAGAGUGGAAGCGCUCAAGGAGGAGGUGGAGAAACUUGAGUUUAGGGAGAGGAUGUUACAAAUGCGCUACUCGGAAUUGACGAUGGAGAAGGAGGAGUCGGAGAAGAGAGUAACGGUAUUGGAAGAGAAGGUAAUGGCAGAGGCGGAGGCUUAUAACGAAGCCCAGCUGGCUAUGAUAGAGGAAUAA